AGCCGGCGCGGCGCGAAGCAAAGAGGCGCCAUUCGCGCGAGACCGGCGGCGAGGUGGUCGCGCGAAACAACAAACCACGCGGCGGAGGAAGGGUGAUCGACGACGGGAGAAGGGGUGGAAGAACGGACGUUUCUCCUCGGGGAAGGCGCAUACAUUUCGCGUCGUGAAAACGCGGCCGUGAGUGCGACGAAGCUUCAAUCAGCCGCGGCAUCUUCGUCUCUGUUUCCGCGGUCGCCGCAUCGUUGACGUUUGAAGAACGGUGUAAAAUAGCGAAAAAAUGGCAGCCCUCAUCGACAUUUUCGAGUGGAAUAGCAAUUAUCGUCUGCGACCGAGAAAGAAAUCCAGUUGACACUCGGGCGUGAGUGACGGAAGCGUGAGGAACGGAGACUCGGACGACAGAAGGGUGGGAGGGAGAGAGAAAGAGAACGGGAAAAGGAGGGCGGAACACGUGGUUCGCGAGGGAACAGCCAGGAUCGAGGUGCGUGCGUGGUUUAGUUACGCUCCUGGCGCACGUGCGUACGUGUAUUUUCCUCCCGAAUAUCGCCGUGAUGACAUGUGAAUGACAGAAAUUGGUGAGUGUUUACGAAUAAUAAUUGUCAACGUGGUAUAGUGACAUCGACGACAAUUUUCUUGCAAUUGUGAUGUCGCGAUUUAACAUCUCUCGAUCUUGUACAAAGAUAUCUUUAGUGACGUGCUUUAAUUUGUGAUUUUUCCGACAAUCUCGAAUUACGAAUAAGCGAAUAGUGAGAAUUUUCGUGUGUUUUUUAUGAACUCUGCAAAGUUAAUCGAAUAUUUAUAUUCGCGUGAAUGUCGUCAUGGCGUUUGGCGCCAUCUUACAAGUUACAUUCCUGGCCGCAAAGUUCGUCUGUUGACUCCGGUGGUGUUUAUUAUUCGCGCUCGGUCCGAUUCGCUUUCUCUCUCUCUCUCUCCCUUUCUCCCUCGCACGUAUCUACAACGCCGGCAGCUUGCUCUCUCUUUCUCGCUUUGUCGGACGAAAGAAAGAGAGAGAGAGAUAGAGAAAGAGAAAGCGCGUGCGCGCGCGGGCGGCGCACUCGCGGGGUCGCUUGUGUUUGGAACGUCGUGAACUUUUCUGCAAUGUGACGACGCGGGGGAUGAAUGGUUACUAGCGUCAUGUCGCAGAAGUGCACGCGUCUUGGAGCGAAUGCGCGAUCGAAACGCGAACGAGCGCCGGCCGAGGCGUCCUAAGUCGGCGACACGCGCGUCAGCGGAUCGACGAACGUUGGAAAAAUGCCGGCGACGCGACCGCCGCGCGACAGGCCCUUGUUGUUGUUGCUCUCGCUAUCGUUACAUCGAGACGAGUUCACGACCGUGCGCAGUGAUAUGUCGCGACGAACGAACGACGUCGCCACGGACUCCUGAAGCGAGCUUGGAAGUUGGUGUGCCUUCGCCGCGAGCCGGCUGGACGUUGCGCGUCUCGCUUACUGUGUCUAGGUUAGGUGUACCGGCACAUAACCUUAAAGCUCGAGCGGUACCAGAGAACCAGAGCAUCGCGUGUUGCUAUCCGCAGGAUUAUUAUUCGCGGGAAACGAUCGAAACGAGUUCGUACGCCGUCGACCGAGUUACGUAUUGGUUAUCUACGCAUUGGGUGAUCGGUGAGAUGGAGUGAACUGGGUGACGACGGGACAAUGAAGGCCAAUGGGACAAACAAUGGCUGUAGCCGCCUGAAUACGCCAUUGGCAGCCACCACCACGCUGGAGGAUCCGGGUACACCAGCCUCCUGGAAGGGCCCGCCGCCCGGCUCAGAGGCAUCGCCCUUUACACCUAAUUCUGUCGGUCAGGGCGGUGGUCCUGGCUCGGGUCCGUACAACAGCACAGGCGGUCCAUCCAGUAAUGCUGGCUUUCAAGGGCCAAGUCCGUUUCCCGGCAGUGCCGGUAGUCCGGCUGGUGCACCGCCGUACCAAGGACCACCACCUGGUUCGGCGACACCGCAAUAUACCGCUUCCCCCGCGCCAAGCGGUUCCUCAACGCCCGGUCCUGGACCUCCGCCUAAUUCCACCGGUUUUCCGCCACCUCCGAAUAACACCGGCCCGCCGUAUAACGGGCCCGGACCUAGCCCGUUCGGUUCACCUUCUGGAGGACCGCCGCAAUUCGUCGGUCGACCCGGCUCCUCGGGACCACCGUUUGUACCACCAGGUGCCGGCAAUCCGCACUUUCCCUCGCAUGGCCAGCCGUUUGGAGGACCGCAGUAUGGCAUUCCACCUGGAAGUCCAUUCGGACCGGGAGGUCACCCUAUGGCGGGACCCAUGGGUCCUGGACAUCCAGCGAUAAUGGGACCUGGCGGACCUGUCGACAGAUUGGAUCAAGGCGUGUACAUAUUCCCGCAGCUGCCGAAGAAGCCAUCAGGCAUUAACUCGUUGCGAAGCGCAAAGAGCGAAGACGCGCGCUCGCGUAUGUUUGACGCGACGCGAAAAUCUACGAAAGUGAAUUAUAUGUACAUACUUGGCGCGGGGUGUGACUGACGAAUCGAAUUGACAGAGAGCACUCGAGGAGAGGAUUCCUCGCCAAAGUUUUCC